AAACCCACGUCGUUGCCGCCGGAGAGGGUCGUCGCAGUUCAUCCCCGGAACCAGAUCAUAGUAGUUGUUUUAUUUUGCCAACAUCAUAAGGCAUCAAUGGCUGCAUCAGAGGACAACAGCUCUCUGUUUCCAAUCUUCAUCUUAACAAUAAUGGCACUGCCUCUAGUGCCUUACACAAUUCUUAGGUUAUUCCGUGCUGCUUCUAAAAAAACAAAGGCCAUUCAUUGCCAGUGCUCUGUAUGUUCACAUUCGGGGAAGUAUCAUAAAUCAAUUUUCAAACGGAUCUCAAACUUCUCAACUGGUAGCAAUCUGACACUUUUGCUGCUCUGGGUCAUCAUGGGAAUUCUUGUUUAUUACAUUAAACAUAUAAGCCGUGAGACUCAACCAUUUGAGCCAUUUGACAUUCUUGGAUUGGAGCCGGGAGCUUCAGACUCAGAAAUAAAGAAGGCAUAUCGAAGACUCUCAAUUCUGUACCAUCCGGAUAAAAAUCCUGAUCCAGAGGCACAUAAGUACUUUGUGGAGUUUAUAUCCAAGGCAUACCAGGCUUUGACUGAUCCUAUUUCUCGUGAAAAUUUUGAAAAAUAUGGCCACCCUGAUGGCAGACAGGGAUUUCAAAUGGGAAUUGCUUUACCUCAGUUCUUACUGAAUUUUGAUGGAGCAUCUGGUGGAGUACUUUUGCUUGGGAUUGUUGGAAUUUGCAUACUUUUGCCUUUGUUGAUAGCAGUUAUCUACCUCUCAAGGUCAUCAAAAUAUACUGGAAAUUAUGUCAUGCAUCAAACUUUGUCUGCAUACUACUAUUUCAUGAAACCUUCUUUAGCUCCAAGCAAGGUCGUGGAUGUCUUCAUCAAGGCUGCAGAAUUUAUGGAAAUACCAGUUCGUAGAAGUGAUGAUGAGCCCCUUCAGAAACUGUUUGUGGCGGUCAGAAGUGAAUUGAAUUUGGACCUAAAAAACAUCAAAACCGAGCAAGCAAAGUUUUGGAAGCAGCAUCCAUCAUUAGUUAAGAUGGAAUUGCUGAUUCAAGCCCAAUUAACCCGUGAAUCAGCUUUUUUAUCUUCGUCUCUACAAAGUGAUUUUAGACGUAUGCUAGAACUUGCACCUCGUCUUCUUGAAGAACUAGUGAAGAUUGCUGUAUUACCACGCAGUGCUCAAGGACAUGGAUGGCUUAGGCCUGCAAUUGGGGUGGUUGAGCUUUCUCAGUGUAUUAUUCAGGCUGUACCUCUCAGUGCGAGAAAAACAACUGGAGGAAAUCCCGAGGGCAUUGCACAAUUUUUGCAGCUCCCACAUUUCAAUGAGACAACUGUGAAAAAAAUUGCCCGCAAGAAAGUGCGGACGCUUCAGGAGCUACGAGACAUGACUGUGGAGGGCCGUGCUGAGCUGCUGACUCAGGCUGCCGGGCUUUCUGCAGCCGAAGCACAUGAUGUAGAGCUUGUACUUGAGAUGAUCCCUUCAAUCACAGUUGAGAUCGCAUGUGAGACUGAAGGGGAAGAAGGUAUACAAGAGGGAGACAUUGUCACGAUGUAUGCUUGGGUAACGCUAAGGCGUGGGAAUGGUCUAAUAGGCGCCCUCCCCCAUACCCCGUACUACCCAUUCCACAAGGAGGAAAACUUCUGGUUGCUGCUUGCCGAUCCCAUCUCAAAUGAUGUGUGGAUGUCCCAAAAGGUCAGUUUCAUAGAUGAAGCUGCUGCCAUUGCAGCUGCAUCCAAGGCCAUUCAAGAAACAAAGGAGAGUUUGGGUGUAGGUGUGAAAGAAAUAAGCACUGCUGUGAGGGAAGCUGUUGAGAAGGUGAAGAAUGGGUCGAGGCUGAUUAUGGGCAAGUUUCAGGCACCUGCAGAAGGGAACUAUAAUCUGAGCUCUUAUUGUUUGUGUGAUUCAUGGAUAGGUUGUGAUAGGAAGACGAAUGUAAAGCUAAAAGUUCUGAAGAGAAGCCGGGCAGGAACUAGGGGCCAUGUGGCAGAGGAAGGGCCAGCAGAUGAAGGUAUUGAAGAGGAGGAGGAGGAGGAGGAGGAGGACUAUGACGAUUACGAGAGCGAGUACAGCGAUGAUGAGGAUGAUGGGAAGGAUAAGAAGAGCAAAUUGGCUAAUGGUGUUGCCAAAGGAGACUCGAGUUCUGAAGGCUCGGGCACUGAUGAGGAGUGAACUUCUGUUUCUUUCCCAUGUUUCAUUGUUAUCAUGCUGAUUGACAAUUUUUUUUUUUUUUUUUUGGUGAAAAACGGCAUUUCAUAUAGCUACAAAUUAGAUGUUUAAAUACAUAUAUCUCCGCUGUUGUUUGAUUA